GGGACCAUUUUAGUGCUCCGGCAGUAACAACAGUAACCAAUAAGCAAAAAGCUCUAGUUCACGUGAUGUACAUUCAGCCUAUCAAGCUCCUGAUAUUCCUGAAUGCGCUCAUUUCCGCUCUUGUCGCUUUCUUUCUCGACAAGAUGGCCACGCCGGCGGUAUCGGCAAGUGCUCCUCCUGCCGCGCCAGCUCCGGCCCCGGCGGCGGCCCCAGUCUCGGCCCCAACCUCAGUCCCAGCCCCAGUGCCAACGCCAGCACCAGCUGCGGCUCCGUCUUCCGCUGGGACUCCAGCCUCAUCCUCAGACCCUGCGGCAGGAGCGGUUACUACUGCGGCUCCUGGCCAGACCUCGGCCUCAGCGCAAGCUCCGGCGCAGACCCCAGCGCUCGCUCUGCCUGGUCCCGCUCUCCCAGGGCCCUUCCCCGGCGGCCGCGUGGUCAGGCUGCACCCAGUCAUUUUGGCCUCCAUUGUGGACAGCUACGAGCAACGCAACGAGGGUGCUGCCCGAGUUAUCGGUACCCUGCUGGGAACGGUCGACAAACACUCAGUGGAGGUCACCAAUUGCUUUUCAGUGCCACACAAUGAGUCAGAAGAUGAAGUGGCUGUUGACAUGGAAUUUGCUAAGAACAUGUAUGAACUGCAUAAAAAAGUUUCUCCAAAUGAACUCAUCCUGGGCUGGUACGCUACAGGCCAUGACAUCACAGAGCACUCUGUGCUGAUCCAUGAGUACUACAGCCGGGAGGCCCCCAACCCCAUCCACCUCACUGUGGACACAAGUCUCCAGAACGGCCGCAUGAGCAUCAAAGCCUAUGUCAGCACUUUAAUGGGUGUCCCCGGGAGGACCAUGGGAGUGAUGUUCACACCUCUGACAGUGAAAUAUGCAUACUAUGACACUGAACGAAUUGGAGUUGACCUGAUUAUGAAGACGUGCUUUAGCCCCAACCGAGUGAUUGGACUCUCAAGUGACUUGCAGCAAGUAGGAGGGGCAUCAGCUCGCAUCCAGGAUGCACUGAGCACGGUGUUGCAAUACGCAGAGGAUGUGCUGUCUGGAAAGGUGUCAGCUGACAAUACUGUGGGCCGAUUCCUGAUGAGCCUGGUUAACCAAGUACCCAAAAUAGUUCCUGAUGACUUUGAGACCAUGCUUAACAGCAACAUCAAUGACCUGCUGAUGGUGACCUACCUGGCCAACCUCACACAGUCACAGAUUGCCCUCAAUGAGAAACUUGUAAACCUGUGAAUGGGCCCCGGGCAGUAUACCUGCCAGUCUGGGUCUCAACCCCAGGACUCAGAAGUGAAGGAAAAUGGGCUUUUUGUGGUCUUGAGUCACACUGAGGCAGUCAACUACCUGUGACUCUAAUAAACAUAGCCUACCUUUUGUAAGUUAGUUUCAUCUUACGUGAGUUUAUUGCCGGGUGGAAGGGAGGAAAAUGUUUUAGAUCACACAGAAACCAGGAAGUAACUAUUAUAGGUGGAGAAGCUGGUUAUGUGUUUGGCAUGUUAGUGCUUUACCAAACUGUUCUUUUGGUUUUCAAUAUGGAAAGGUGUCCUUUGGCAAAACUGAAUCUUUUCUUGAAGAUUCAUGUGAUUUCUACAGGAAAUGAAAAUAAGAAUCCAUGGAGAAAAAA